ACCGAUGGAUCGGAAUGUAGGGCAGAAAUAACGGAAACGAUUCCAAUUGGGUUGACGUUCAACACAUCCAUUGUCUCCAAUUCCACUUCCGAUCAAUUUAUUAAUUUGGUUUCGAUGGCCACCACUUCCAUAGAUAUCGCAUCCUUUUACUGGACACUCAUUGGAACCGAUGUUAUGCCACAUCCGGACAAUGAAAGUCUCGUCGGAGAGAAGUUCUUGAAUUCGUUAAUCGAUUCCUCGAAGUCUCGAUCCGUCAAAAUCCGUAUCGCUGUCGACGAAAGCUAUAUGAAAGAAAGCAAACAUGACAUCCAAUUGCUUGCAAAUGUGGCACAAAUAAGACAACUCGACUUCAAUCGGGUGAUGGGCGCCGGCGUUCUGCACACAAAGUUCAUAGUCGUCGACAACAAACACUUUUACAUCGGAUCAGCUAAUAUGGACUGGAGAUCAUUGACUCACGUCAAGGAAAUGGGAGUCGUCUUAACUGACUGCCAACCCCUGGCCAACGAUUUGUCUAAAAUAUUUGAGGUCUACUGGUAUUUGGGAGAACCAAACGCUACGAUUCCUACACAAUGGCCACAAGAGCUGUCGACAAACUAUAAUAAAAGUAAUCCCCUAUCGAUUCCAAUCAAUCAAUUGGAUUACGAUGUCUUCAUGUCCUCUUCACCCAAACCAUUCAACCCAUUCGGUCGGACCAAUGAUAUCGCAGCCAUUCUGUCGAUCAUAGGAAGAGCCAAAAAGUUCAUUGAUAUCGCAGUCAUGGACUACUACCCCAUCUUCUUAUACUCCAAAAAGAACCCGUUUUGGCCGCUAAUAGACAACGCCCUCAAGAGUGCGGUCAUUGAUAGGAAAGUGAACGUAAGACUAUUAGCCAGUCAAUGGAAAAGCACGAGACCAUCAAUGCCUCUAUUCUUGAAAUCUUUGGCCGCUAUUAACGACACCAAAAGUUUUGGGGCAAAGAUUGAGGUGAAGCUGUUUGUGGUGCCGGCCUUCACGCCAUACCAGAAGUCCAUUCCUUACGCCAGAGUUAAUCACAACAAAUAUAUGGUGACCGACGAGACGGCAUACAUCGGAACGUCCAACUGGUCCGCUGAUUACUUCGUCAAUACCGGUGGUGUCGGUAUAGCUAUCACUCCACGCAAUACAACGAGUGAUCAAAACUUAAGACUUGAUUUGCAAUCAAUUUUUGAAAGGGACUGGAGUUCUAGUUAUGCCCGAUAUGUGUAA